AAAAUUCCCUGCGGAACGUUACCAACUUAAGAAAUUGACCGAACUAACUGAUGAAACACUGGGCAAGUUUUGAAAGUGUUUGAAUUUUGAUGUCCGGUGGAGCAACUUUCUUUUUUUUUUAAUCCUCAAUAUGGCAUUUCCAGGUCCAAAUAAGGAUAUCAGGGCAGGAUGCAAGAAAUGUGGAUACCCGGGUCACUUGACGUUUGAGUGUCGUAACUUUGUACGAGUGGAUCCUAAAAAGGACAUUGUUCUGGAUGUGAGCAGCACCAGCAGUGAAGACAGUGAUGAAGAAGAAGAGCAGGAGGGACUGGGAACUAAAAAGCUGCUGACGGGCACCAAAAACAAGAAUUCAAAUGAAGAACCCAAGAAAGGACUGCAUAAAAAGAAAAGCAAGGACAAAUCUUCCCAUAAAAAGUUAAGAAAGAGGUCGUGCUCAUCAAGUGACGAUGAAGAGGAGCAUCAUAAGAAAAAGAAACAGAAAACCCACAAGAAGAAAAAGAAACAAGAAAAGAAACACAAGAAGGAAAAACGGCCCAAGAAGGAGGGAAAGAAAAGCAAAGAGAAAAGACAUUCAUCUUCAUCUUCCGACAGUUCCAGUGCCGCUUCUAACACAGAUUGAAAGUACCUAGCUGCAGAAUAGACGCUGCCUUAGACAAACAAAAAUAAUCACACAGGCAUGAUUUCUCAUACAUUUCAGGCAGCGUUCUGUAAUGCUUAAAAAAAAAAAAAGAAAGAAAAGAUCUUGCUUACUGUUGUGUAUUAUAUUAUGCUCCAAUAACAAUUAUUUUUUAAUACAAUCACAAUUUAUGCUCAUGGCCUAUGCUCAUGGCCUUGGCCACUAAUCAGCUGUUCCUGAAGCAAUUCCUCUGUGCACACCAAUCUCCAGUUAUAGUGUUGCAUCUGAAUAAAUAGGCCUCCCUUAAUCAAGUUGUUUUCUCUGUUUCAAGAAUACCAGUAAUUUAAACUGACUGACAUCAAACACAUGGUGGGGGUAGUGAAGGGGACCGCAAAUAGUGACAUAAUUAAAUGUGCUACUGUUCAGGAAAAACUGAAAGCAUCAGUACAGGUACAUAUAAUCUCAAAUUUCUUGUCUUCUGUGAUGAAGUUACAUAGGGUAAAUAUCUUCAGGCAGUUUGUAAGUUUCCUAGUCAGAGAAGGAAACUGAUACAAAAUGCCAGUAACUUCAAACUUGUUUUCUGUUUCUUUUAAAAAAAAUAAAAAUAAAUAUGACUAAUCGAGGACUAUUGUUCACAUUUGGUUUUCAAUAAUAAAUAGUAUGCAAAUCCAUUCAAGUGAAAAAGCCAAUAAAACUGGUACAUACAAUCAAGUCUUUACUAAGUCUUGCUCUAGCCUGAAGUUCAAUUCUACUGUAUUUCUUCAAUGUAUAUUGUAGGGUGGACUUUUUAAAUUAACAUUUGUUGCCAGCUCUACCACAUUCAGAACGUUUGCUUAUUACAGAAUCUUGGUAUCUCCAAAUAAUCCCCUUUCUUCAAAAAAGCUUAAUAAGCAAGAGUGCAGUUGUACCAAAAUUUCAUCAGUUUACUAUCAAUGUAGAACGAGUGGGUUGGAUAUUCUUUUGUUUUGCCCCUCUAAAAUGUGUUUCUGCAAUGGAGUCUCCAAGGCUGGUUUUUCAUUCAAUGUAAACACCUAUUGUUUUUGUUCUUUUAAGAAAUAUUAUUGUGUUUAAUGUUAAUUCAUAUGUAACGCAUAUAUGUCAUAGAUGAAGAGGUAAUGACUAUUUUAAUAACUUCAGGUGCAUUCCUAGAAUUUUGAAUGGCCUAUAGUGUAACCUGAGUUUUUCAUGUAGCUAUAAAAUCUCUACAAUCUUGUAUUACACUUACACUGUUAGAUAUAAACAACCUAAGUUUUGACACAAUCGCUGUACAUUGUUAUGAUUUUCAAUGGGAUAUGUGUCAUUCCAAAGCAUAUUCAGUUGGAAUUGAUUAGAAUUUUGAAUCCAUUAUUUUAAAGUUACUAGUAUAAUUUGUGAUACAGUAAGUAUAAUACAAAUGUAUAGCAGUACAGUAGAAUUAGAAAAGGAAAAUACUGUUUGAAAGAUAUUUAGAUGUGUCUGUAAUAUUCCCUUUGACGUUAUGUGCAUUUGAAACCUUUGUUUUUAUUUAUUUUUUAAGAUUGCUUAAAUAUUGUUAUUCUGAAAUCAAGAGUGCAGGUAUGUAGAUCAUUUCUUUAUGUGGGUUGUCGUUAAUGGAAUCUCUGAAAGCAGCUUUUAUAGGAAAACAUCACUAAGACAAUAAACCUGGAGGCUUGAA